AAAGCUGUCAGUGGGCUGCCUCAUAUAUUGGCCUGGUUAACACCAGACCUAAUCACAAGUGAGAUUAGGUCUGGGGAGUUGCCUAUUGUAAAUUUCGUAGGGGGCAGAAUACUUGGCUAUACACACUGCCCUGCUCUCUGAUUGGGCAGAGAAACUGUAAAGGUCGGAAUUCUUGGCCAUUAUGACACAGGGCCCAUGAUCUUGGACGUUAUGAGUCAUCCUCGCCAGACUGUCUUUCAGAUCGAAACGAUUGUGUAGAACUAAAGGCAGUAUGGGAGUUCCCAGGCUACCUCAUAUACAGUACAGAUACAUGAUUCCUUUCCAUUUCAGAGAAUGUGAUUGGCCACAAAGUACAUCUGCUGGCCACAUCUGCUGAUCCUUACAGCGCAACACGCCCAUGAUGCACAGUUCAACACGGGCGAAGCUCAAUCUUGAGCCAAAUACGUCAUAUAAAGGGGUUCAUUCAAUAUGCGGACUUGCAUACUCCACUUGUGCUUGUGGCCUGGUUCAAGUUGAAGGUCAAAGCUCGCACAUCCAGGCGUCUGACCUGGGAGCAUGGACCAAUAAAUAUCCAGAUAAAAAGAGAGAAAAGUCAGCUACAAUCAGGAUUUCAUGCUCCCAAUUAUUUUUAUUUUUAUUUUCCGUGACGUUUCGGGUAGAACCCUUCUUCAGACGUGCGUCUUGUGGCCUUUUGCCAGGAAAUAAUAUGUCAUGAUGACAUCACUGACAACAGCAUUGUAUUUCAAUGUCUCGGACAAGCUCAAUUGUUAAGUCAUUUUCUCAUUUGCUAACUGGAGGGUGAAUGCAAAAUAGUCCCCCAAAAGUUGCUGUGGCUAGGCUGACACCGGGGAAACUUUUUUUUUUCCACGGAGGCGUCAGCAAAACGAGAGGCCACAAUCAAAAGAGGAAGAAGCGAGUCAGCAUAGCCUAUUGGAAUGCAUCCAAACAAACUGUGCUUUCAGCUCUUCCUGCUUUAGUAGUGGACUCCUCCCACUUUUCUCUCUCUGGGAAACGAAACUGCUGUAUGCCCCACUUAGAGUGAGUCUACCUUAUGUAAGGACAGGCUGUGGUGACAUUAACAGAUUAAUAUGGCUGAAGCUGUUGUUGAAGAUCAGGAUCCUUUUCGUUGUUGUAUUUGUUUGGAGCCUCUGAGGGAUCCAGUCACCAUUCCAUGUGGACACAACUAUUGCAUGGACUGCAUAAGUGGUUGUUGGGAUCAAGAGAGUCAGAAGGGUGAGUUGUUCAGCUGCCCUCUGUGCAGGGAGACGUUUAGCCCACGGCCUGUCUUGAAGAAAAACACCAUGUUGGCUGAGCUGGUGAGCCAAAUGAGGAAGAGUAGCAGGUCUCCGAUUGCUUCUCCUCCCUCUCCUCUUGCUCUGUACGCUGAACCAGAGGAUGUGGAAUGUGACUUCUGCAGUGAGAAAAAGCUCAAAGCUGUCAAGUCCUGUCUGGUGUGUCUGCUCUCUCUUUGUCAGACACACGUUGAACCUCACUACAACGUCCCAGCCUUGAAGAGCCACAAACUGGUGCAGGCCUCCAGACAUCUACAACAGAAGAUCUGCUCUCAGCACGACAGGCUGAUCGAGGUGUUUUGUCGUACUGAUCAGAAGUGUAUCUGCAUGUUGUGCAUCAUGGAUGAACACAAAGGACAUGAAACAGUCUCAGCUGCAGCAGAACGGAAGGACAAAGAGACAGACUUGGGGAAGACAAGGACCAAAUUCCUGCAGAGAAUCAAGAAGAGAGAGAAGGAACGGCAGACAAUCCAGGAAGCUGUGGCAUCAUAUCAGCGUUCUGCCCAAGAGGCAGAGCAUCACAGUGAGAAGAUCUUCAAGGAGUUUCUGCAGACUGUUGAGAGGAGACGCUCUGAAGUGAAAGAGCUGAUCAGAGCUCAGCAGAAGGCAGCAGUGAAAGAUGCUGAAGAUGUUUUGGAGAAACUGGAGCAGGAGCUGGCUGAGUUGAGGAGGGGACAUGCUGAGUGGGAGAAGCUCUCACUUGAGGAAGAUCACGUCCAUUUCCUCCAGAGUUUUCAGGUCCUGAGGUCCUCUGAAUUAAAACCUUCCCCCAGCUUCAGUCUCAGUCCACAUAAGUCAUUUAAUGACCUGAAUAAAUCUCUGUCUGCUUUGAAAAGUGAAGUGGACGACCUCUGCAAAAAGAACAUGAUUAAUAUAUCUGGACAAGUGGCCAGUGUGGAGAUCAUCGUUCCACAGGAGCCAAAAACCAGGGAGGACAAGCUUAGAGAGAAAUACAGACAUUGAUCUCACAGAUGCAUGGGUAUUUCCUCUGCAACAUAUAAAACUCACAUAUACAGAAAGUCAAACUGUUUUUAUUGGUCAAAGUAAGAAGUUGGAAACAAAACCUCACAAUAAUAACAAAUUAGAACUAUUCAUUAAUGACUGUAAGAACACAAUGUAUACCUGUACAUAACACACAGGACAGGUUGUUGUCUGAGUACCCCUUGUGGUAAACAUCCGUCAUAACCAAUAAAGCAGAGAAUGUGAGCACAUUACAUUACAUUACAUUACAUUUAGUUGUCGCUUUCAUCCAAACCAACUUACAGAUAUUACAGGAUAUUGUUUACCGUCCUUUGCAAGAGUAUCAGUCCACAGUGAUGCAUGCUUCUUCAUUACAGUAGCCUAUUAGGCACCUUCCCCCUCAUUUUCCCUUUUCACAUCACAAUCGAUUUGUGCAUGUUGUGUGUCAGUUAGGCCACUUCAACAUUCAGU